ACAACUCGGAAUGAUUUUAAUACAAGAUAUUAUUGCCAGGUGGGAGAAACUGAAGGAAGUGAUGUCUGAAUUGAUGGGCGCUACGGUGGAAGAGUACAAUGAUCACAUCCGAACAUUCGAGAAGGAAGUUAACGACUCAAAAACUUAUGUAAAAUAC